CGGAACCGUGGAUCGUGGAAUAAGACGUCCUCGUCGCGGUUCUUAAUUCCGCUCGACCGCACGUCAACAAUUAUUAUUUAUUAUAGAUUUACUUAUUCAUUGUUUACUAAUGAAGAAUUAUAAUCUAGUAAGUCGAUUAUAAUAUUGUCGUUGUAUAUUAAUAUUUUUCGUUUCUCGUUUGUCGAGUGGACACCGAGAACGCGGUAUCGACGGUACCUCCUUACUCUCAAGCACUACUAGGCAGCAUGCUGUCGUUGGAAUAACAAUCGUUGAACUGAAAACCGAAUUUCCAACCAUGGAGGAGCUCGCGUGUGUCCGGUGCAUGAGCUCCAAGUUCCGGAACCCUAACCUCGUGUUCAGCUUCAACGUGUGCGGGCAUACCAUGUGCGCAAAUUGCAUCGAAGUGGCGUUUAUGAAAGGUUCUGGUCCCUGCCCAAAAUGUCUCAUUCCUCUACGGCGUAAUGGUUUUAAACUUCAGCAGUUUGAAGAUGCUUCAGUUGAUGUUGAAGUAGAAACGCGAAAAAAAAUAUUGCAAGAUUACAACAAAACUGAAGACGAUUUUGAAUCUUUAGAUGAAUAUAAUGAAUAUUUAAUAGAAAUUGAAGAUAUUAUUUAUAAUUUAGUUAGGAAUAUUAAUGUAAAUGAAACAAAAGAACGUAUUGAUCAAUACAAAAGAGAAAAUAAAGAAAUAAUUAUGAGGAACAGAAUGAAAUUAAAACGUGAAGAACAAGCCUUAGACGAAUUAAUUGAAGAAGAAAAGAUGCAUUCUCAGUAUAAAAGAGACGAAGUUUUAAGAGAUGAAGCUGAGCAAAGAAAUAAAAAACUUCGAGUAGAUUCUGAAUUAAUUGAUAGUUUAGCACGUUCUAAUUCUGAUGCUAGAGACAUUGUUAACACAUAUACGCAUAAAAAGGAAGAGAUUCCUGUCCCAAAACCAAAAUCUGUUUCUAAACCACCUAUAAACUUCACAAAGUUUUCAACCGGUGUCAAAUUCAAUCAGUCUUCUAUGCCAAUUUCAAUAAAAGAAGGUCCAUUAUUCAAAUAUGAGCCAAUCUCUCAUCAACUUAAUGGCCCUACCUGUCCAGAAAUUACUCAAUUAGAUUCAUUAGGGUAUAUGAAAUACAUUAGGAGAGAAAGUUCUCAAGAACUUGCAGGUGGAUUUUUAAUAAAAACAUCCUGCUUGCAUUAUGUACAGGAAUGUGUUUCAGCAUUAUAUGAAAGAAAGACUGGUAAAGUAUAAUAAGUAAAUUUAAAUUCCAAUCAUGUGUUCAUUACCAAAGUUAUACUAUUGUAUUAAUUAAUUUAUAUGUUUAGUUACUAAGUAUUUUAUGACCUUAUUUAUUUGUAUAUUUUUUUUUAAUAUCAAUGUAUCUAUACACAAAUAUAUAUUUUUUUAAAUGUGUUAAAUAUAUUAAUUUGAGAACAUUUAUACAUUUUUUUAGUACUUACCUAUUAAAUGUUACCUACUAAUUGU